AUUAUUUUAAAAUUGACAGCGGCAAUGGGUGGAACGCGAUGCAUUUUCCGCGACUGCACUGUUACUUCAAAACGCCACCCAAAGAUGCACUUCUUCAAAUUACCGCUUCGUGAUUCCAAGCGACUUGGCGCAUGGCUAAAGAAUGGUGGCAAGGAGCAUAUUUUGAAUGAUCCAAAUAAGAAAUUGGAUUGCAGGACUGUUUGUGCACGUCAUUUCCGCAUAGAAUGCUUUAUGAACUACAAAAUGAACAGGUUGCUACCUCAGGUUACUCCUACGCUCAUCCGGAUAAACAAAAGUUUAGCUAUCGACUUGGACAAUUUGGAUGAAAACGGCGAUGCAGUGCUUGUCAAACUGGAGACUCCACAGCAACCACAUCUAAUAGCUCCUAAUGAUUUCGACUGUCCGUUGGGGUUGAACGAUACUAGCGAUUGUGGCCAGGAAAUAUGGAACCCAAUGGCGCCACAAAAGGACCAAACAGCUAAAAAUCAAGAAGCAUCUGACAGCAGCCGAUGUGAUGAGGCCCUUUUAAGCUGUGAAGAUAGGCUGGCGCAGGAUGAUGAUCAGCCACAAACGGCAAAGGAUGAAAAUCAUCUGCAGGAUGACUCCAUUUCGCAACCCAACGUUUCGAAAUCCAAGGAAAUCCUUAGCCCCAUUUUAGUAAAGCUAGUGGGACGAAACAAGGAACUAAAAGUACAAAAACUUACUUCUUGCAAUCAAUUGAAGCAACUUAAACCGCAGUACCUGGAGCCGUAUAAAAGUACAAAGUGUGUAAAAACUGGAAAGGAAUCAGCCGCACCAGAGACCAAUUGCUCAAAAUACGAACAAAUUAUUCUCGAGACAUACGAGGAUAUGGAAACAGACCAAAAUAAUUUGGACCCAUAUGAGAGUAUUAAAUCUUCAAAUGAAGAUCACAAGGAACUUUCGGGAAUAGAGGCAUCAACUCAGACUUUACCAGAGGAUCACGAGAUACAGGCGCAAAUUGACGCAGAAUCUCAAACAUUACCAGAUGAUCAAGGAAUACCACCCCGAAUAGAAGCAGAAACUCAAACUUUACCUGACGAUCAAGAGAAACUAGCGCGAUUCGAGGCAGAAACUCAAACCUUGGAGGAGGAGCCGACUCGGGACCAGCUUUUGUUACAGUAUAGUCAAUUAAAAUCUGAUUAUGAGAAGAUUAUAAAGGAAAAUUCUCAACUAAAGCUUGCGCAUUCAGAACAGCCCAAAAUACCAACCUCUAACAAAUCGGCAGCCAACUCUUUGACCAAGCCGCAGCUAUACAUGGCCAUAAAGAAGUAUCUGGGGCCCACGAUGGCGGCUUUGUUGCGCAUAGAAUUAUUUGGAGGAUCUGAAGAUAGAUCCUGGAAGGAAGACGAACAGGAAUUUGCGGUGGAGCUCCUACAACUAGGUGAGGAGGUUUAUAAGUACUGUUGCGAUGAAUGGCGAUUCCGACUACCUCCUCUACGACUGGCUCGGACCUGGUUAGAAACAGAGAAUCAAACGUCAAAAGACGACGAGACGCUAGAUUUAUAACACUAAUUAUUCGAUACACCCUCCAAUGUUCAUCAUGUUCAAAUUUUCUAAUCCAAUAAAUCAUGACCUCAUAAACUAUA